UGAUCUACAAUGGAAAAACUGCUUUUGUAUCUGCUGUUCAUUGGCGUAGCAGUGAGAGCCCAGAUCUGCCCAAAGCGCUGUGUCUGUCAAAUCUUGUCUCCGAAUCUCGCAACCCUUUGUGCCAAGAAAGGGCUUUUAUUUGUCCCACCAAACAUCGACAGAAGGACUGUGGAGCUGCGGCUGGCAGACAAUUUUGUUACAAAUAUCAAAAGGAAAGAUUUUGCCAAUAUGACCAGCCUUGUGGACCUGACGCUGUCCAGGAAUACAAUAAGUUUUAUUACACCCCAUGCGUUUGCUGAUUUGCGCAAUUUGCGGGCUUUGCAUUUGAACAGCAACCGAUUGACUAAGAUCACCAAUGACAUGUUUAGUGGGCUUUCCAAUCUGCACCACUUGAUACUGAACAACAACCAGCUGACUUUGAUUUCUUCCACAGCGUUUGAUGAUGUUUUGGCCCUGGAGGAACUGGAUUUGUCCUAUAACAACCUGGAAACCAUCCCUUGGGAUGCUGUGGAGAAGAUGGUUAGCUUGCACACGCUCAGUCUGGACCAUAAUAUGAUUGACCACAUUCCUAAGGGGACUUUCUCCCAUCUCCACAAGAUGACCAGGUUAGAUGUCACGUCGAACAAACUGCAGAAGCUGCCGCCUGAUCCUCUCUUUCAGAGAGCUCAGGUAUUAGCAACCUCAGGAAUUAUCAGCCCCUCGACUUUUGCGUUGAGCUUUGGUGGGAACCCUUUGCAUUGCAACUGCGAGCUCCUGUGGCUGAGGCGCCUUUCCAGAGAAGACGACCUAGAGACGUGCGCCUCUCCCCCGCUGCUCUCCGGUCGGUACUUUUGGUCGAUCCCAGAGGAGGAGUUCCUGUGCGAGCCCCCGCUCAUCACCAGGCACACGCACGAGCUGAGAGUGCUCGAGGGCCAAAGGGCCACCCUGCGAUGCAAGGCCCGCGGAGAUCCAGAGCCAGCGAUCCAUUGGAUUUCACCGGAGGGCAAACUGAUUUCAAAUGCAACAAGGUCGCUGGUGUAUGACAACGGCACGCUUGACAUAUUGAUAACCACGGUCAAGGAUACAGGUUCCUUCACCUGCAUAGCUUCCAACCCGGCAGGAGAAGCCACGCAAACGGUGGAUCUGCACAUCAUCAAACUCCCUCAUUUGCUAAACAGUACAAACCACAUCCAUGAGCCCGACCCCGGCUCCUCGGAUAUCUCGACUUCCACCAAGUCGGGUUCCAACGCGAGCAGUAAUAACGGGGAUACUAAAAGCAGCCAGGACAAGAAAGUGGUAGUGGCGGAAGCUACGUCGUCCACCGCCCUGCUGAAAUUUAAUUUUCAAAGAAAUAUACCUGGAAUACGUAUGUUCCAGAUCCAGUACAAUGGCACUUACGAUGACUCACUUGUUUACAGAAUGAUACCUCCCACGAGCAAAACCUUCCUGGUCAACAACCUGGCCGCGGGGACUGUCUACGACCUGUGUGUCUUGGCAAUCUACGACGACGGCAUCACCUCCCUCACUGCCACCAGGGUCGUGGGGUGCAUACAGUUCACCACGGAGCAGGAUUAUGUGCGGUGCCACUUCAUGCAGUCCCAGUUCCUGGGAGGCACCAUGAUCAUCAUUAUCGGUGGGAUUAUCGUGGCCUCGGUGCUGGUUUUCAUCAUCAUCCUAAUGAUCAGGUACAAAGUGUGUAAUAACAACGGGCAGCACAAGGUGACCAACGUCAACAACGUGUACUCCCAGACCAACGGGGCUCAGAUUCAAGGCUGCAGCGGGGCGAUGCCCCAUUCCAUGUCCAAACAGGUCGUCGGGCACGAGGAGAGCGUCCAGUGCUGCAAAGUCCCGAACGACAACGUGACUCAGUCGUCAGACACGUGCUCGAGCCAGGACUCCACUACCACUACCUCUGCUUUGCCUCACACGUGGACUUCCAGCACUUCUGCCCCCCAAAAGCAGAAGAGAAAGCCAGGGCCAAAGCCAAGCAACGAGCCACAGAGCGAAGCUGUCACGAAUAUCGAGUCCCAGAACACUAACAGAAAUAACUCCACUGCACUGCAGUUAGCUAGCCGUCCCCCCGACGCCGUCAAAGGGGCCCCCAUGUACAAAAGAGCACAAUCAAAGCCAAGUAAGUUUCUCACUUUGCCAGCCGAAACAUCCCGAGCAAAGCGCAGGUACUCUCUGAAUGGAGAAUUAAUGGAAUACCAUUGUUAUGUUAACUCCCAGAACACAGGUGGAUUAUGGUCUAAAAGGAGCUUGUCUAUGAAUGGGAUGCUAAUUCAGUCAGACAAGUCUGACGUGGAUAGUGGAAAAGCAACUUUCUCGAGUUCUGAGUGGAUAUUGGAAAGCACUGUGUGACCUGCUUGUUUUUUGUUUGGUUUUUUUUUUUUUUAAUUUUUAUUUAUUUUAAUGAGAAACAAAACACCAAACAUUGUCUGGGAACUCUCUCUCCUAGGAAAUUGGGAUUUGGAAUUCCACUCGUGUCUCGAUGAUGUACGGCUUGUUCAUGCAGGGUUUCGUAUAAGCCACCCAGUGCACACAGGUUUUAAGUUUAACUUAAUUUAAUUUAAAAUAAUAUCACGACCGAAGGCAACAUUCAAAGAUUUAAAUAAAAACCAUAAAAAAAAAGAUUAAGGGAGAAAAGCAUGAGACAGCACCAGUGCCUUCCCCUACUCUAGGACUGGCUUCCUGGUUCUGCAGUCGCAGAAAACAAGAGAGUUUUCACAGAAAAGCAAACAAACGAGCAAACAAAAAAAAGCCUUUUAUAAAGGAAAUGCUGUUUCCUCACACUAGCAAAAGACCACUUAUGGAUCAGUCAGUAAAACGAUAUUUUUUAAACCGAUCAGACUGUAUAUUUCUUUUCAGUGACCAUGGUGUUGCCUUUGUUUUUAGGCAAAUGCUGUACAGAAACAACAACUCUGUGUUGUUAUGUUGUGUAAAAUAAAAUAUUC